AUGGCAGCGGUUCUUAGAAGCGCCGCUGUUGCCUCAGCAAAUCGAGGUCAACCAAGCUCAUUCUAUAGUAAAGAUAAAACGAAUCCGGUGUUUCAGUCGCUGGAGCAGGAGACGAAAAAGUUUAUGGGUUACAUGAAGAAACGGAAUGUACCCGGCUACCAGAAACCCGACGAUGAACCUUGCUCUAGACCUGCAGACACAUUGUUUGACCUUUGGAAUAAGUAUGAACCAAAGCUGCCAAAGAUGUACUACCAAGAAAAACUCUUAGAACUGGGUGAUUUUUUAAUGACAGUUCAGGAGUACAGCCUAGCUCUUUGGCAAUGCUAUGAGCGCUACCUACUUCAUUUUGGUCAGGUUGAUGAAGGGGAGAUUACUGAUGUUGACACAUUUAAGACUACAUUUUUCCCAGAGGGAUUUGACAGUGAAGACGCAGGACUAACAUUCCGGGCAUUAAUGGGGAAAAGCAUCAGUAUGUACCAGGUGGUACGUGUUGGUGAUCCAAAGCUACAGAACAAACAGUCAGUGGACAGGUGUGUCCAGAUCCUGUCGUUCCUCAGACUUGUCAUGCAGGUAGUGCUACCUCAGGAGAAACUCUGCUGGCUAGUCUAUAAUGGAACAAUACACAUAUACAGUAUCUCACGACACCUGAUGUCAUUGGGUAACUCUGCUAGAGUGAUAGAGUAUCUACUCUGGGCAAGUGUCUGUAUGGAGACAUCAGUGCCCCUCCUGGCUGUGAAGUAUCUGCCAUGGAGAGCAACAUUAUACACAGCAGUGUGUCAGUGUUACUUUGACUGUAAAGUCUCCCAUCAUGCUGAGGCAUUUGCAAGAAGAGGCUUGGCCAAGAUCAAUGAAUUGAGUCGGUUGGAGAGCCUAAGUAGUUCCACGGAGACUUACGAGUCAGAGGAGGCAUUCCGUCAGGCUACAGUGAAGAUGGCUGUUAUGGUGUUUCGUCGCUCAGCUUUUGAGACAAGGCGGAAACCGAAAGGUCUGCUUCGUCCAAAGACUCGUGCCAACCUCAAAGAUGCUCAAAAUUUACCAUGGCCACGCACCCCAAGUGAAAAGUUGUUGUCAGACAUGUUUGAGGGAAGUGCUGCCCAGUUUUUAUGUAUCCUAGAGAGUUUAAAUGACACAAACCGUCGUACUAUCCUAACAUCACCCCCAGCUGCAGACAGUGAAGUAGAGAUCCUGGAUGUGUAUGCUGAAUUGUUUCUCGCUGGUCAGGAAAUUCUUUCUGGUGGAGGUGGCCGGAGAGGAUCGGGGGUCAAACCAACUAGCAACAUUCCUGUGAAUGCCCUGAGUGGGGUUGUUAGGGGCAAAAGUCUGCUUGGAAUGGCAACCCAUGGUGAGGAUGGAGCCACUCUUGAAGGUGCCAUUAAGCUGGUGAAGAUGGCGUACUGCUUUGAACAGUGGGAGGUGUUUGAUAUGUUGAUAGAGGGUGUCCUCAUGUACAUCAGGAUCAUCAAAAAUCACACAAGUGAAUAUGCAUGGGAUGAAAAGGCCCUAGAAUUACUUUUAGCCAUGGAGAAAGUGAACCCAAACCGCCGUCACAAAAGGACUAUGACCUCCAUUGGUGAGGAGGAUAAGGAAAAGGAUAGCAUCAACCAGGAUAUAGGAGGAACAUCACAGGCUGGAGGGCCCACAUCAGUGAGGUCCCUAAACCUGGGAGAUGAACUCAUCCACGUUGCUGAAGUACUUAUGAGUAUUGUUACUGGCCCAUUCAAGCCCAAAGACAUCGAAGUGGACAUGAUUGUGGACACAGCCCUAUUCUUAUGGAACAAAACGAAGGCUGUUUUUCAAAAACAUCAAACUGGAUCACUGGACAACCCCAAGUAUCUGCAGAGAAUGGAUAGCCCUAGCAAGUGGGUUUACAUUCUCGAUGUGGUACACCAAGUGUUAGGCUGGUGUGGACUCAGCAGUGUCGACCCAGCCCUCACAGCUGAAGUGGUGUUGCGUCUGGCCCUCGUCCUGGAGAGCAGUGCCAACAUGGAUGAUGGUAAGUCCUGUGGGACUUCAAAGACAUCCCUAUCUGACUUUGGUAAUCUAGGAGAUGGUAGCCAGCAGUUUGUUAGUCGCACUUCCAUGCUGUCGUCAUCAAUGCUGAAUAUCAAUCCCCGUAUGCAGCUGAUGCAGGCUCGUGAGAUCUUAGAAAUGGGCCUGGAGAAUGUGUCUUAUGCCAGACAGGCUGUUGCACUGAAUGAUGGGAAGUCUAUUGCUGAUGUCAGCUGGGCCAAGCUAGAUGAAGAGUUCCAACCCUCUCCCCAGGAGGGAGAGGAGUCGGAGGUCCAUCAGAGCUAUAGUGACCUACACAGCAGUAGUCUGGACCUGAAUGAUGAAGUAUUUGUCCCAGCUGAUUCGGAAAAAGAAACAACGAAGAUAACAGAAAGGGAAACAACUAGGGCAACAUUAGAUACUAAUGUAACAGAGGACCGCCCUAACAAGGUCCCACCCCCGGAGAGUGUUAAAGGUUCCUCCACAGCUGUGUGGAACACCAUAAAGGACCUUCACUUGGAACUGAUCCUCAUGUACCACAGGGUCUGUCUUAAACUGGCCGCCAUGGGGCCAGACCCUGCUACCAGCAUACAGCGUCCUUUCAAGCGCAAGGCUGAUCCCAAACUGGUGAGUGUACUAGUGAGUGAGCCGAACAUGGGUCUGUUGGACGUUGAUGGAUACAAAGAGCUGUUGAGCCACUGUAACAAAAACCAGCUAUCUAAGGCACUGCUCUUCAUGCAGAGGGCACUACUGUUGAGUGGGGACAAUGUUACUACAAACACACAGAAAUCACUUAUGGAGGAUGCAUUGAAGGCUAUACAGAAAGCCCAGACAGAGGAGAGGCGUAUCUUCACAGAAAACACACAAAUGUAUGAGGAGGAUGUGGUGCCCACUAAGAUCCCAGCUCCACCCAUCCUCCUGUGUCGCACAGAUACCAUGAUGGUCUUCAAGCCUGCCCCGUUUGUACCAGCAGAUGGACAAAAGAUUUCAUGGUACAGGAUAUUUGCGAGAUCAGCAGAAGGAAGUAACGUGAGAGUAAGGCUUAAUGAUUACUUCCUACCUGGCACUGGAGAACAGGUGCCUGGUGAUCGUAGUGAGCUGAGAGUUUCAGGACUCAUUCCCAAUUGUCGCUACCUAUUUGCUGUGGCUGCUUACAAUAGAGAGGGAAAACUGAUUGGUGAAUCCAUUGGACAGAGUACAAAGCCUAUCCUGGCCUCUCAUCCACUUCCUGUGCUAAUGACCUGGGGCUUCCUCAGCCAGAUAGCAUACCAGGUUGGAUGUUAUGACAUUGCCAGACAAGCCUGUGAUGUCCUAUGGAAACACUUUAUAGCAGAACCUCCUGCCCCUCAGAGUGUCACCUACAUGACACAGUCAGAACAGGAUUUCCGAUUGACCUUGAUGAAGUUGAACCAGAAGGUGGUCUCCCUGUCAUCCCCGGUAUUACUGCGCCAGUUCCUCACUAGUAUAUUUAUUGGCGUUGAUAUGAGUGUCAGAGAUGGUAAACUUUUCUGUGACGUCCUCUGUGACAAGGGACCGCUUUUCAAGGGACAGAUGAAGCGUCUCGCGGAGUGUGAGAGGAUGUUAGUAGCUAUAGAACUAGCAGGCUGGCUGAAUGAAGCUAACCUGGCUCUCCAAGCUGUGGUUCAAGUGUAUGGCCUUCUGGCUCCACUUAUCUUUUACAAGAUACCUUCCACUGCUGUUAUACAGGUUCUUCAGCGUUGCCAUGUCGUGCUUCAGGAGAUUCCCUCUGGUCUGAGACAGAAACGUCAGCAGAGCAUCGCUGACAGUCUGCACCACAUGACUGCUUGUAUUACAUAUCACAUGGCCAAGGUUCUGAGGUCUUGGGGACAGAAACAGCUAGCAAACUCUUUGAACGAGUCUGGUCGUAAGCUUCUGGCCUUGGAGACAUUUGAGGAGCCCCCUAAGAAAGAUGGAAAAUCCCAUGGUGAUGGGACAACAACCGCAGCAAGUGAACGUGUUGACACUUCCAUUGAUGUGACUGACUCGGACUCAGCGCCACUACAAAUGCUGAAGAAACGGCGUGCCAAGAAAUUGGGACCUGGAGGUCAGGGGACAAAGGAGGAUGGGGACGGACCCAUCAAUGAGGAGCUGAAGGCCCUGGAGGCUCACAUGCUGAGUCUGUCUAAACAGGCACAAUAUGAUCAUGAGUUGACAGGCUAUGAGGACCCAAGCAUCCUCCAUGCUUACAUUGCUUAUCUGCCAAGUAAACUGGCUUAUCGCGAAGUGGCCAAGUUCAAACGACGUCAUCGUUACCUGGAGUUCUUUGUCCAGGUAGCUCAGAAAGCCCUUGCUGAGGGAAUGUCCCAGCAGGCCGCAGACUGGUGUGAUGAGACAGCUAAUUGGCUUACCAGACGUAAUGAGCAGAUCAUUGGUAUGAAGCCAUUCCUGGGUAAACAACCUGGGGCAGGAGUUGUCACGGUGACAGGAGAUGAUCCAAAGCGCUUCCACGCAGCUGUAGUUGAGUACAACAAGGAGAAAGAUAUGACUGUACCUAAGAUUCCGGGACAGAUGUCCAAGGCAACGCCAAGCAAGUCGCCCUCGAAGGCCACUCCUCGACCCAAACGUCGGCGCCAGUACAAGCCUCUUCUUGUUAAUGCCAACAUGUCUGAAAGUGCGAGACAAGCCCAAGAAGAAGCAGAACUCAGGGCAAUAGAGAAGUUCACUGCUCACCUUCCUGACAUGUUCAGACAGUGGUUGAGACGUCGUCGUCUUCGCAAACUCUGCAUAGAUGAGUUGCCAUGGAGAUGUCAGCUGACCCUGAUCCAGGGAUUGAGUCAUUUUUCCUCAUUCCUACAGAAGUUAGAGACUCGAGACAAGGUUCUGGGCACCUCUAGCAGUACCAUGUACAAGACGAAUUUCCUCGACCAGGAGUGGUUUACAUAUGAAACUGCAGGGACCCUGGUUGUUGGCUGGGAGGGAGGACCUUCCAGGAAGAAUGGAGACGGUAAACGCCAGCGGUACAAUGGCCAGGGAUCAGAUGAGAUGGACAUGGACAAUAUGGAAGCUGGUUAUGAGCAGGAGACACGUCCGAGAACUACAGCUACUGGCAUAGAGAUCGCUGCAGCAAUGGCAACAGGCAGUGCCCCUCCCCCACUGUACUUUGUGCCCCCAGAGCCAGAGGACACACCCCGUACAUACCGAUCUGAUGUCAGCAACAUGCCCAAGGCUCCACCUAAACCUAUGGAAAAUAUUAUGUUGUCAUCCAAGGAUACAGAGGAGGCCCUUAAUAGGACCUUCACCUACUUCAGGAGGGCCAUAAAUUUGGCCCAUAGGGGACAGCACUGGACAUUGUUACAGAAUGCCUGUCGGUCACUAUGGAAUUGUGCCCAUACCGCCCUCUUGAGAGCUUUCUCACCUAAUGCCAAUGUCGAUGAUGGUUUACUGUCCAUCGACCAGCUGCGGGGUCUGGUAUGGAGGCCAUUUUACAUGGCAGCAGACUGUGUCCUUGACAUGCUUGCUCAGUUCCAGCUGGAUCUUGAGGCCCAUGCUAAUAAGGAGAGAAAGAAAAACCGUAAACUUGGAGAGUUGUUUGAGUCCUGGACAGGAGAGGCGAAGGACGAGAAGGGAGGAGCCAACUUAAAGUUUGAAAAUCCUCUUGACAACUUGAGUAUCAGUGAUAUACGCUGGGUGCGUCGGCUAGUGAUGAGGGUCAUGGAGCUGUUGUACUACGAACAGAAAUGGGAAAAGCUGGUGGACAUAGCUCUGCGAUUCAGUGCUCUGUCAAAUGACCGAUAUGCAGAGCAGAUCGUACCACUACUGGUUCAGGCUCAGAGACAACUGGAGGAUCAGAUAUAUGAGCUGGGUGGAGAGGUACCUCCUCAGUCACAUAUCAAACUUCUCAUGCAGAGAGUAAAUGGUGUUAUCACAGCCAAGAAGUACCUCCAUAGUCAGUUGGUGAUCAGCAGUGACAAGCUUCAGUCUUCCAACAUACAGCCUGGAGCACAGAUCGACCCCCUUGGCCACGGCGCCUACACAAGUGAGGAUGCUAAGAGAAAUGUAUCUGUACCACUGGAUGUCCCCCACAGUCUGUCUGUGCUGAGAACUGUUUUUGAUAAGUCUCAGUACACCUGUCACGCACUGCAACACAGCCGACGCCUCCUAGUUCUCUAUCUGGCUGGUCAACAGAACUCAAGCGACUUACCAUUGAGUCGCCAAGUGUCCAAGGUGGAGUUUACCCCCAACACCGCGCGCCCACAACCAACCAUGCCCCUGGACAUCAGUCGCGAGGAGUACCUACAUAUUGAUGAUGUCCAGACAUCAUGCAUGCCUCGCUCACAGCUGGGUACUGUCAUCUCCUCAUACGAAAAGACCAUAGAAAUGUUGAUAGCCAAGAACCAGCGUGGACUAGCAGCUCAGGCAAUGCAUGAGCUGGGUAAUCUGCAGUACCACUCCUCCAACAUCAGGAUGGCAUACCAGUGGUGGGCCGAGUCUCUUGACUACACCCUCAACACAUCAGACGCUUUACACACCUGGCGUAAGCUCUUUGAUAAGAGCACUGAUAUCAGUUCAGAUAUGCUGCAGCACUGUGGAUUGUGGGGCUGUGUUCUUGGAGGAGUCCUUGCCUCAAAGAUUGCUCAAUAUAUCCUGACACAGGACCUAGGUCUACGUAUGGAGUGCUGCUUCCUGUCUGGGUACUUCUUCAAGGCUCUGUUCCGAUCAUCUCUACCCCAUCCCACUGCUGAUCGUGACUAUGCCAUGUACGAGGUUGGAGAGGGUUGUGAGGUCACAAACCUUGUUCCAGGCAUUGAUCUCCUGUCAGACAAGUUCCGCAUGGAUGGACGUACCUUGGUUUCUUCGCUUCGCUGGACAUCCGAGGAACUAGCAAGAGGCAGACACAAUCUUUUUGUGCUGCCUCUGCUGACCCUAUACCUCCACUUCACCACCUUUGUCUGCCGCGACCUCCAACGUUGUGUGGAUGGCCGUAUCUUGAAGGUACGGAUCCUAACAGACAUGUCACUCUUCACUGAGGCGAUGAUCACCCUUCAGCGACUCCUACAUGGAGAGCGACUCCCACAUACGGGGGAUAGCAACUUCCGUCAGGUCGAGUCCAAGAUGAAAUCUGCUAUGUUUAACACAGCCAAGCCAAUCACAGACCCAGUCAACAUGAAGCUGCUGGAAAACCUCCUGGACAAACGAUUGCCCUCCAGUUUGGCCACACUGUAUGGCCCCCACAUGACCUGUCACCUAGCGCUGGUUCAGGCCCAUUUCUUCGUGUCCCUAGGGGAGAGUAUUCCUGUUAUCCCUGUCAUAGAGGAUGUGUUGUAAGGGCAGGGCUCACUCAAACCUUACACAAUGAGUACAAUGGCAAAGAGUAAGAACCUUAGAGGGACUAACAGUAUGACAUCCAAACCACAUAAAGCUAAAUCUGCCUCCGACAGCCGUAGAGAUGCUGAUGAUGACCUUGAGAGUGUGGAGAGUGCCAACAUCCAACGCCGUUUCACCAGCAGUAAGAAGCCAUUGACAUUAGAACUCAUCAAGGGCACAUUACUGGCUGUUGCUGACCAAAUGGUAUCCACUAUAGCAGAAGUCAUCCAAGAAAAUGCUGAACAUGCUGACAAUGGACUGGAGUGCUUGCCUGCUGCAGAGUUAGAGCUGGUUGUACUGUGUAAAUUACAACAGGCUAAUAUUGCACGGCAGAAACAGCAUGCUCCAUUGGCUGCUCGCAUUGUUCUUUCUGCGAUCAAACUUCUCAAGUCAUCUGACCUGUUUAAACCUAAGAAGGAGGUUCCCCCACCACCGAGUCCAACACGAGAUCGUCGAAAGCCCUCGUCCCUGAAGGGUCAGAACAGUUCCCGUAGGAUCCACUAUGCCGAGGACGUCAAGAUUGUGUCUCCGGAAACAAAUCAGUUCCAGUUCCAAAACUUUCAGAGUCGGUCACGCCUGGAUGCACGUCUUUGGCUUGACUGUCGCCAGGCGCUCGUCAAAUGUCUGAUGAUGCAGGUGGGCGGCCUUGGACAAAUGAAAGUCGAUCCAGAUAUCAAAGUGCUGCAGGAGCUUGCUGAUUGUCGUCAGUACUGUGCUGAGGGUCUGAGUGAGGCAGAGGCUUGUGGGGAUGCUGAGACUCAGGCAGAUUUCUUGAUGUCAGGAGCCUUCCUGAACAUCAUAGAGGGCAAGAGUCUGGAACAUACUGCCUCCCUGGUCAAGGAUGUGAUUGACCUACUCCAGAAAAUUCCGAAGCGGUCAGUUCCAUCAGAACAGCUGUAUGCCAUGGCUAUUGUCCUGAAGACAGAUAUUGAUGCUGUAGAGAGAGAGGACGAGAGUGCAGUGUUUACAGAAAAGACAUUGGAACAAUACCUAAUUGCUCAGAACAUUAUACUACAACAGAUGGAGGACCUCGGUGAGAAGAUAGAGCACUACUACCCUAAAGGAGAAAAAUCCCAUUUCUCAGCUCCGAUCAGUCCCAUGAGAAACAUCUACCUACCCCAUGUGCUGCGUCUAGCCCAAAUCAAACUGAGAGUGGGUCAUGCAAUGGCACGAAAUGCUGCCAAGUAUAUCCGUGGAGGGACUGACAAUGACCCUGUGGUCACCUGGACUCAUGCCCUUGGAGUACUGACCACUGCUCGUGAGCUGUCCCAGGUAGCAGUGAUGAGGGAAGCCAAUCUAGAAGCUGAGAUCUUGCUCCAGCUGGGUAAAGUCCAGAGGAUGCUGGUAUACAUGGGCAAGUUCAACCACAGGAAAGCAGCUGAGACGUUGAUUGACUCCAUUAAAAUCAGCUUCUCCACUGACCAUGAUCUAGGACUGAUGAGACAAGGCUACCUAGAACUUGCCCAGGUCUACCUUCACAGUGUCGGGUUGGUCCUCAUCAAGGAAAACAGUACACUGGAGUUUGUGGUAGACCCAGGGGAAGAUGCUGCCGCCAAACAGGCUGCUGCAAAGAGGAAACUCCGAACAAAGUCUAAGAAAGAGCGGUCAGGUACCCAGAGCUCACUCAAAUCUCAAGGCAGUAAGUCUGACGAAAUGGCAGAUGUGGACAGGGAAAGACUAGCCGCCUGGACGGCUAUUAGGUGUGCAGCAGCUCUAGGUCAAGCCCAACGCGCUCGCAUCCUCCUCAUUGGGGACAACUCAGUCACAUCCCAGCCUCUCUCUAGCAGUGCUGUGACUGAGGUCCCAGAAUUCAUAGCACUGGACCUUGUUAGUGACUAUGUCCUCGGUGAAAGGAAGAAGGUGUAUAAAAACCAAAUUGAAGAAGAGUUAGCUCCCUUGUUGGAGGCUAAUGAAGUAAAGCAUGUGGACACAUAUGACGAGCAAGUGGCAAAGGCACGAGAGGGAGCUAAAGACCUCAGCUGGAUACAUUUCCUAGGUUACCAGAGUAUCCUUCAGAGACUGUGCAACACAUCCACAAUUUCUGCUUCAAGUCGCAAAUCUACCCAUGAGGACAAAGAUCCAGAUGAGGAGGAGCUUCCUGAGUUUGACCUUGGGUUCAUCAGUCAUGCCCACUCAGACACAACAGUCAACCAUGACAUGAUCCGGUCGAUGUUGUUCUCAGGAAUGUGGUCACGUCGACUCACUAAAAUCCAUGUGUACCUAGCAAACAACCUCAGGGUAUACAGUUCGGAAUGUUGUGGUAUCUAUCCCCCUGCACAACUAGUGCUGCCCCCUACUGACACAGAUUACGGCCUCAACGUGACCUCCAUGUCAUACACUUCCAAUCUCACUGUUGAAUCAGAUGAUUCUAUUGUUAUGGCCAUUGUGGCAGAGCCUGGAAAGGCACCAUUACCUCCUGGGACUGUGGUGAACCCUUACAUGCCAUCAGAAAAGCCAGUUACCUCCCCUGUAGACAUGGAGGUUGCACUGCAGUUCUACCAGCCAUCCCUGGAGGAGAAUGACCCUCAGAGACCAGAAGCAACAGGGGCUGAAUCUCGCAUACUUCUUAUGCAUGCCAUCUAUAAGAAAUUGGGCUCUGUUUGUCAGCCAGGUGUUCAGUGGGUGUCUCUUUCACAGCUUAACGAUCUUCAUGACAGAUUGGCUGUACUGGCACAGAGGGCAGAGAUAUCCCUGGUAGAGAAGAAGAAGAAAGACCCAGUAGCCCCCUCCCCGACUCCCACUUCUAAACCCAAGAAAGGUCAGAGGAUCAAGGCCCUUUCACCAAAGGUUGAACGGGAUGAGCGACUGGAGAACCUGCUGAAGCAGUGUGUGGAUGAUGUGAAGACUCUGCUAGGUUUGCCACACGCUAACUCCACAGGAGAGUUGUCAGAGAAGGCAGAGAAGGAGAAAUCAGAAAAAGCAGAGAAAGAGAAAGCAGAGAAAGUGGAGAAAUCAGAGACUGGAUCCAUUGUUGCCACAGAGCUGCCAUUUGAGGUGACAAAGAAGAACAUUGCUGCAUUAGAGAGUCUUUUUGACCCCAGCUUUGGCUACACAGCCCAGGGCACUGAUAUUGUCCAAUGGCUUCUCAAGGUCAUCAAAUCCUAAUUGAGUGACCUGAUGAUGACUGACUGAUGCUUGCUCAGGGUCAUCAAGCUUGCAGGACUGACUUGUGAAUGCUAAAAACAAAACUGUGAUAGAAAAAUGUUUAAAGUAUGGACUUGUUAUGUGAUUAACUUUAUUGAUAUCUGUGAUAGAAAAAUAUUAAUGUAUAAAGAGAAUAUUUGACAUCUUUGUAUCUGAACACUAUUCUACUACUGAUCUUAUAUUUUGCUAUGUGUGUUAUAUGUUUC